UUGGGUGACCACACAUGGUGCGCGCCUUGCUUCCAGAAUGAACAAUGCUCAUCGCUUUGCCCUGUGGGCGCUCAGCGUGGCCGCCACUGCCAUUCUAGCCGACAUCGCAAACAGCGGCCCCUACUACAUAGACAUGGAGGCUUUCGAGCCGUGCGAUGACAUCGGAACGCUGGGCAUCAACUUCGAAGUCCGCCUCACUGUGGACUCCGACAACAACACCGUCUACGAAGGAGACCUCACUUUUCCGUACGACUUGAGCGAUCCAGAGAUGACGAGCAGCCUGAUAGUCGACCGAUGGGGCAGCACUGGUGGCUGGAGCCGCAUCUACAACCUAACGGAGAAAGAUAUGUUCACGUACUUGAAGCUCAACUUUCCUAACCUCUUCGAAGUUUUUUACGGCUCCUUUGGUGUCACGGGCCCUCCAGCACCAGCCGGCAAGUACAGCAUGAAGCACUUCUUUCCACUGAACUUAAAGUUGCAGAAGAUGGCCUCGCUAUUGUAUGGACGCUUCAAGUUGAAAUGUCUGCAGUUCAAGGAUGGUGAAGACCUGGGUUGCCUCCAGGUCAUCUUCAGAGUCAAUGAGGACGCAGCAGGGUAACAACGUGGAACACUCGCAGCUAGCCACAUGGAUCGAUAAUAAAUCUGUCAAAUAUUUAUAAACGUUGCAAUACAUUUUAUGCUCUACAUGUAAACCCCACCACAAAUAUAAUGAUGUACCUGA